GAGCGCGCCGCCCUGCAUGCCUCCAAGUUCGACAAGGAGUUCGUGGUGGACCUCGGCAUGUCUGAUGUCCUCAAGGAGAAGAAAUCGGUCGGCGUCGUGCUGAACCUGGACACUGAUUUCGAGCCCGUGUCUGUCAAGAAGGUCAAAAAGACGGGCAUCCUCGAAGCUUGGAACAGGCUGCAUCCAGACAAGGCCGUCAUGGUCGGCGACGAAAUCAUGAAGGUGAAUGAUAUAAUGUGGCACCGUAAUGCAGGAACGUUCGCGAACCGCAUCAAGGGCCAGUUUUUGGCAUCCAGGGCCCAGUUGCCUGGCGCAAGGAACGUCCUGACUUUAACUAUCCAGCGCCCCAGGAAGAAUAAGGCCAUUGGAUGGAAGUUGAAUGUGACGGUGGACUGGAUACCAAUCUCCAUCGAGAAAAUGCGCAACACUGGUCUUGUGGCCAGGUGCAACAAGGUACACCCCGACGCGAAGAUACUCGCCGGCGACGAGAUCCUCCAGGUGAACCACAUCGGUUGGCAUCACAAUUCUAAGAUCUUUGAAGAUCGCCUCGAGGCACAGUUCACAGCUGCGCGAAAGUCGGAGCUCGCUGGGACUCCCGGCUAUGAAAAUGUCCUCAAGCUCAGCAUCCGGAGGCCGAGGUCGGUGAAUGACACGCCGGAGGAACAGGUGUACACGAAGCAGUACUCCGUCCAGCUCGCUCUGACACACGCUUGUCCGUUGGGCUGGCACCUCAACAAAAGCAGUGACGCGGAACCAAUCGUCGUCGAACAAACCGGACGGGCUAUCCUUCUGGAUGCUUACAACAAAGCACAUCCUAAUGCCAUGGUGCGUGUCGGCGAUACCAUCCUGAAGUUGAAUGACGUCCUGUGGCAUGGCAAUACCAAGAAGUUCGCCGACCGCAUCGACAAGGAAUUGAACAUCUCGCGCCCUUACAGGGCCCAGAUGCCUGGCAACAAAGCAUUCCAUCUUGUCAUGCAAAGGCGUCUGGUCCAGCCGAUCAUGAAAGAGUGGACCGUCACGCUGCCCGCUGGCGAGGGACAGAUUUUGUGUUGGCAGCUGAGUCACAGCGAGGAGGAGUUUCCACUUACUGUCUCUAAGGCCCGCAGCAACGGCGUGGUGUGCGAGCACAACCAGGCGCACCCAGACUCUAAGAUCUUGCCUGGAGACGUUAUUGUCAAGGUGAACAGUGUCCUGUGGCGGGAGGACAAGGGCUGGCCAUUCUCUAAUGAAUUCUACAUUCGGCUGCCGGUAGUGAACGGUCAGAUGAUGGGCUGGCACCUUAGCUCGGACGACGAGACGGCCCCAAUUACGGUCGAAAAGAUUAGAAAUGUGGGUGUGGUGCACGACUGGAACAAGCAGAAUCCGUUUACCGACAUCCAGGUCGGCGAUCACAUUGCCAAGGUGAACAGCGUUCUCUGGCACGGCAAUGCCGAGCAGUUCUUGGAGCGCGUAAACCUUCAGCUGGAGGCUGCUCGCAAGGAAAAGGGAAAGCCGUUCGUGACGGUUCUCGUGCAGAGGCCUUGGCGCGUCACAACAACGUUGCCGGAAAACGCGGGCGCCGGCAAGGAUGUUGUCGGCGGCGGCGACGACGCCGAGACGGGCAUCGUCGAAUGA